UAUCCAGUUCGAAGUAAUAAGAAACUAUAUCUAGUCACGAUGUGUUUUUUGAUUCCUUUUUUCAAAAGAUAUAUUAAUCGAAAUCCUCAGAGGUUCGUCGAGAUAACCCACAUACCAGCAGUUGCUUUUGUCCUGGCAGCAACAAAGUUUUUCCUUUUCGCGGAAAUGUUGUACGUGGUACCCCAGAUUAUAAGAACCGGAAGUGCGAUGUACUUCAUCUUAUGGUUUGUAAACCUUUUCGUUGCCUACAACAUUAUAGCCAACUUGUUUGCGGCCCAUUACACGGAUACCUCGGUGGGGAGUCUGCCCAAGGAGCGUCAGAUUCCCAAACCGGAGGAAGAGCAUUUGUGGCAUUUCUGUGACAAGUGCCAGAAGCUAGUGCCGCCUAGAAGUUGGCAUUGCAAGUUGUGCAAUGUCUGUAUCCUGAAGCGAAAUCACCACUGCAUAUUCACAGCAUCCUGCAUUGGACACAACAACCAUAGGUACUUCUUCUGGUUCACCUUCUACCUGGCCCUUGGAAACUUUAUAGCGAUGGUCAUGAUCUUCAUUGCAAUUUUGAAGAAUAAAAGGUCUUUUCUGACCUAUUAUGCAAGUAUUUAUACGGAAGUCUUUCUUCUGAAGAGGCCUGCCAAUAACCCAGAAAGUCUCGACAACUUCCUGGAUUUACUUUACUUCCUAAGCAUAGUGGCUAUGGCGGCCACGGGCGGUAGUUUCGUGUGCCAGUUUAUGUCCACAUAUGUAAAAAGUGAUUUUAUGUCCAAGUAUAAUCGCCAAUACCAUCUGGGAAUCAGGAACACCUUCGAUCUUGUGUUGGGCAAGCGGGGAUUUUGGACUUUUUUGUCGCCUAACCUGAAUAGUACUUUGCAACACGAUGGAGCCAGUUGGAAAACUAAUCCUGGUUUUAAAGAGUUGGAUUCUAAAGAUUUAGAUUCUUUAGUUUAG